UGAAAUACUAUUUCAUUGAAACUGAUGACAGGUCAGUGUCUAUCGGUUCCUGGUUCGUUGCAUUCGGUUGCACUUGGACAGUGUUGGUAUUGUUCAGCUGUUCUCUCUUCGGACUGCACGGAUCAUAUUGGAGCCUGGUGACUUCUAGUGCAACAUGUCAGGAGUCGGUGAAAUCGAUGAAGGAUUCUACUCCAGGCAGCUGUAUGUUCUGGGUCGUGAGGCCAUGCAGCGGAUGGCCACAGCCAACGUCCUCAUAGCAGGCAUGAGGGGUGUGGGAGUGGAAGUGGCCAAGAACGUCAUUCUGUCCGGAGUGAAGUCUGUCACUGUCCAGGACGAAGGAGACACAGAGUGGACAGACCUGUCCUCCCAGUUCUUCCUGAAGGAGUCUAAUCUUGGUCAGAACCGAGCCACGUGUUCCCUUAAACAGCUGUCAGCCCUAAACUCCCAUGUGCACGUGUCAGCCCACACUGCACCACUGGAUGAGCAGCUGCUUCUACAGUUUCAGGUGGUGGUCCUCACUGACUCUUCGCUGGACGAUCAGAAACGCUUUGGCGAGCUCUGCCAUUCACGUGGAAUAAAGUUCAUCGUGGCAGACACCAAAGGACUGUGUGGGCAGCUAUUCUGUGACUUCGGGGAGAAGUUUGAGGUCUUGGACCAGAAUGGAGAGACGUCUGAAUCCGCGAUGAUACAGAGCAUCUCUAAGGAUAAUCCUGGAGAGGUCUGCACAGAUGAAAGGCACAAGUUUUUAGAUGGCACUAAAGUUUAUUUCUCAGAAGUCCAAGGCAUGACGGAGCUCAACAGCAUCGGCCCAGUGGAGAUCACAGUCCGGAGCCCUUACUCCUUCAGCAUUGGUGACACCUCAGCCUUCUCUGAAUAUGAACGGGGUGGAGUAGUGACUGAGAUUAAGAAGCGCUGCAUGUUAGGUUUUAAACCACUGAGUAAGGCUCUCUUGGAUUUUGAACUCCUGAAAAUGAAUGACUACGGAAAACAAGCCAGACAUAAGACGCUGCACUUUGCUUUCCAAGCUCUGCAUAGCUUUGUGAAGAAAGAACAACGUCUGCCUCAUACUAGGUCUCAGUCAGAUGCAGAUGUCCUGGUUGCCAUGGUGAGAGAGUUGAAUGCUGUGGCACCUCUGGAACAGCUGGAUGAAGCUGCUGUGCGAAGCCUGUCGUACACAGCCCGGGGCAACCUGGCUCCUCUCAGUGCUUUCAUUGGAGGCCUCGCUGCACAGGAGGUCAUUAAGGCAUGUAGCAGGAUAUUUACGCCUCUUCAGCAGUGGCUAUAUUUUGAUGCACUGGAGUGCCUCCCCCAAGAGGACAGUCAACUGGCAGAGAGCUUCUUUUCCGCAAAAGGCACACGGUACGAUGGGCAGAUUGCUGUGUUUGGGUCGGCGUUCCAGGAGAAGCUUGAGAGGCAGAAGUAUUUCCUGGUCGGAGCUGGAGCUAUUGGAUGUGAGCUUCUCAAAAAUUUUGCCCUCAUGGGGCUCGGAGCAGGAGAAAAAGGGCAAAUCACCGUAACGGACAUGGACUUCAUAGAAAAAUCCAACUUGAACCGCCAGUUCCUGUUCAGGUCCCAGGAUAUUGGGAAACCAAAAUCGGAGGUUGCAGCCAAAGCAGUGAGAGAGAUGAACCCGCGGAUGAAAAUCGCCGCUCAUCAGAACCGCCUGGAUGCUGACAGUGAAGAGGUGUAUGGGUAUGAAUUCUUCAUGGGUCUCGACGGAGUGGCUGCAGCCCUCGAUAAUGUGGAAGCCAGGGUCUAUCUUGACGGACGCUGCGUUCAACAUAAGAAGCCGUUACUGGAGGGAGGAACUCUGGGAAGCAGAGGUCAUACUCUGGUGGUGGUGCCUCACCUGACAGAGUCUUAUGGACCUGGGGAGUCAAGGUCCAAUGGUGCCAUCCCACUCUGCACACUGAAGAACUUCCCUCACCGCAUCGAACACACUCUUCAGUGGGCCAGAGACCAGUUUGAAGGAUUGUUCAAACAAACACCUGAAAAUGUGAAUCUCUUCCUGAGUGAUUUGGACUUUGUAGAGCGGACUCUUGGCCAUGGAGACGCUGAGGCCUCGGAGGUUCUUGGGGCAGUGUGGUGCAGCCUGGAGGACAUGAAAACUGGAGGACAGCGUCCAACAAACUGGGAAGACUGUGUGAGCUGGGCACGUUGCAGAUGGGAGACUCUGUAUAACAACGAGAUCAAACAGCUCCUGCACUGUUUUCCUCCCAAACAGAUGACCCAAACUGGACUUCCCUUUUGGUCUGGAUCGAAGAGAUGCCCUCACCCACUGACCUUUGACCCGAACAACACGACACAUAUGGAGUAUGUGGUGGCAGCAGCUACUCUGUAUGGACAUAUUUAUGGGAUCAAGGGGACAAGAGAUGGAGCCUCUAUCAGCAAAAUCUUAGAGAAAGUCCAUGUCCCAUCUUUCUCUCCCAGCUCCUCCGUGAAGAUUCAUCUCACUGACACGGAGAUGCAGGAGAGCAAGGAAAAGGAAAGUGAUGACGCAGAAAAAGCUGGACUUGAUGAGUUGAAAGGAAAGUUGGCCUCACCAUCUCUGAAAAGCUCUGCCGCGCGGAUGUACCCCAUCGACUUUGAGAAGGAUGACGACAGUAACUUCCACAUGGACUACAUUGUUGCAGCUUCUAAUCUAAGGGCAGAGAACUACGACAUCCCCGCAGCAGAUCGCCUCCAGAGUAAGCGAAUUGCUGGACGGAUCAUCCCCGCCAUAGCGACCACGACAGCAGCAGUGGCAGGCCUGAUGUGCGUGGAGCUGUAUAAAGUGUUGCUGCGUCACCAGAACAUCAAGUCUUACCGAUCAGCUUUCAUCAACCUGGCUAUCCAGAGCCUUGUUAUGUGCCAGCCGAACCAGCCCCCGAAAUUCCAGGUCUCAGGAGAGACGUACACCAUGUGGGAUGACUUCCUGGUUGAGGGCAGAGGCGGCAAUCAGCAGGAAAUGACCUUGGGUGAUCUGUUCCAGUAUAUCAAGGACAAACACAACUUGACCAUCUGCCGCCUCUUCUACGGAAAUGCUAUCUUAUACAGGGGGCAAGAGGAGAGGCUCCAGCUGAGUGUGUCUGACGUGGUGAGAAAGGUGACUAAAGCAGACGUCCCUCCACACGUGAAGAUGCUGGAGUUUUUGGCCUCAUUUGCUGAGGAUGAGGACUGUGAAAAAGUCCCUCCCAUCAGGUACCUGCUCCUGUGACGCCGCUGACAACGAGGAUCCACUAUGUUCCAGUAGAAAAGCUCUUGUGACACUAUAUCACUUAAAAAUCAUGUCAUCAUAGCUUUUGUCUUUCUCUUUAUUUUAGGCAAUACAUCCCAUAGGCUAAUCAGUUGAUCUAUCUUUUUAUUCAAGUUCCAAAAACACUAUGAAAUAAAAGGGUUCUGCCCUGUUCCUUAUUUCAGGCUUUUCUGUCACUUUAUUUGCUCAAAGAGGAACCACUACCAUCUCUCAAGUCCAGAAAGUCUUGUUUACUAAGGUUUGGUUUUCAUUUAUAUGUGUCUUUGGAGAAGUCACGCUAAGAGCUUGUGAAGAUGCCAAGGCAUAUGGAUUAGA